AUGGCGGACACAAACCUUAGCUCUUUGUUUAAAGACUCGGUUCAAGUUACUACUAAGGAUCUUACAUGUGAUCUUAACCCUGGUGAAGUCAAUCGAAAUGAGGAACCUAGUCGAAUCCUACUUGGCAAACUUUAUUGCUACACCAGACUGGGACGCAAAGCCAUUUUUGGCUCCCUGAAUAAUGCUUGGAUAUCCUUGACGGGAUGGAGUUGGAAGGAAAGAGAAGAUGGACUACUCCAGUUCACUUUCCAAACGAGUUUUGAUGCUGAGAAUGUUCUGCAUAGAAGAUCGUGGCUUGUCUGUGGGUACUUGCUGGUUCUCAUGCCAUGGCCAUCUUGGCUCACUCCCGCGGAGGUGUCCUUUGACCAAACGCCUAUCUGGGUGCGUCUUAAGAGCAUACCACUUUUUUAUUGGAACAAGACAAACCUGCAAGAACUUGCAGGGAAAGUUUCUGCAGUAUAUGAACUUCCCCGGCUCAUUGAGAAAAACUUCGAGCGAGGAUCAUUUGGCAUGGGCACUCUUUGUUUUCGUGCAACCGUGGAUGUUAACAAACCUCUAUUCUCGGGUUUCUUUUUGCGGAGAAAAGGUAUUAAGGAUCUUUGGAUCCAAUACCAAUACGAGAAAUUGCCAAAUAUCUGUUUCAAAUGUGGAGCUCUCUCACAUGAUCAGAAACACUGCUUCAAAACCCCAACUGUGAUAAAAGAUGAUAAGGGGGCUUUCUUUCCUAUGUUUGGUUCUUGGAUGGACAAGGAAGCUGUGGAGAAGUCUCUGUUUCACCUCCCCCUCGUGAAAUGGUUUAACGAUUGGAUCACCCAACAGGAAGCGCUCAAGGAUCCGACUGUAAGAAAUCAAUCGAAGAUGCAGAGAAGAUGGCAUGAGGCUAAAGCUACUGAGUUGUGA